AUGGCGUCGGAAACUGGCUCAUUCCAAGCGCCUGCAGCUGCCACAGUUGCGACUCCAGCAGAGACCGAGACGGCGGAGAAGCCCGUCACCCUGUCACCCUCGGAAACUUCCAGGCCGGGCCCCGAUGGCCAGACUGCGGCCACCGCAAGCCCGGCCACCACGGCUCCGGCACCGGCUCCCGCUCCACAGGGUCCGGCGAACCUGGCCGAGCUGAUGGAAAUCACCAACUGCACGCACCAGGCAGCGAUGCAAGCCCUUCAGUCCUGCGACGGCAACCUGGCCCGUGCCUGCGACAAGAUCCUCUCAGCAAGGGAGGCAACACGACAGGUUCUGAGCCAACGGGGCGGGCCUGGUGCCGGUGGGCUUCCCAACGUCGCCGGCACAGGCUGGGGCGUUCAGCCUCUGGCCGCCAUGGCUGGGACCUUCGGGCGUUCGACCUCCGGGACCUCCGCACCAGGAGAAGCCGCCCCUCUGCCGACGCUGGCUCCGCAAGUCCUAGGCCCGCUGGGACUCAAAGACUAG